GACUUGUGCCCUGAACACCACCCACCUGUAGAAUCUUCAUAAUGUCCAUAGAUACAUUUGUGUGUGUGUAUAGUGUUGCCCCCUGGUGCCCGGCGUGUGCCCAGCUGAAGGAGCAUUGGGAGAGAUUUUCCAGCCUGGCAGCAGCCAUGGGGGUUUCUGUAGGAGAAGUGGACGUCACAGAACAGCCUGGUAUGGAAAUAUUAUGAAGUUGAUCCUGUUGGCUCUUACUGUCCUCAAUAUUGUCUUCUCCCCGCUGUGUGAGAUGUGAUGCCAUACAGAGUCUCCUUCUAACCACCCAUCUCUCCUUUCUCUUGUGUGUGUGUUUUUUUUCUCUCAGGUCUCAGUGGACGGUUUUUGGUUACUACACUGCCAACCAUUUUCCAGUUAGUAUCUCAGUUAACCUCUGACCCUAUCCUUUGAUCCAUGACCUCUAACCUUUCUAACUCUGUAUACAGUAUUUAUCUGUGUGUGUGUGUAUUCUACAGUGUAAAGGAGGGUAGCGUGAGGAGGUAUGUGUCUGUCCGUGAGGCGGAGGAGUUCCAUGCGUAUAUAUCUAACAGGAGGUGGGAGGAGGUGGAACCACUGCCUUCAUGGAAGUCUCCUACUUCUCCUCUGUAAAUAUACACACCAUAUAUAUUAUACAUAAACAUGGAAUUAUUCAUCUUCUCUUCUGUAAAUAUAUACUGACCUUACCUCUGACUUUGUGGAUCUCCUCCCUCCAGGAUGAGCUGCAUGGCCGGACUCUUCAGGCUUUCACUGUGGAUCAGGGUGAGACCAAAUCUCUCUCUCUCACACACACAGAGAAUGGUGUAAAGGAUCCACACUCACUCAAAAUCGUGUGUGUGUGCAUGUAGCGGACUCAUGGGUAUCUGACGGGGGAUUUGGGCAUGCCGGUGUGGGGCUCCUACCUCUCAUUUGCCAUGGCAACACUUGUCACUGGGCUGCUGAUGGGACUGGUGAGUUACACACUAAUAAUACUUUCACCAUAUUAUUGUAUUACUACUAAACUAUUACUAAACACAAAACACCCAACAGCCCAAAAUUCAAUUUUUAUGUCACACAAAUGCUUUUGAAUGGUACUGAACAUGUUGAGUAUGUCAUUGUUCUGAGAAAGAUGCCAAAUCGUCUCUCUCUUACAGCCUACUAGAGUACGUAGACAAACAAACACACACACACACUUCGAUGAGUUUCUCUGCAGUGAAAUGUGAUCUUAUGUAAGAGUGGGAGGGUGGCUGCUAUUUCAGGACUUGACAGAGGAGACUGGAGAGGCAGCAGGAGGACAGAUGUGUGUGUGUGUGGGCUGCACUCAGCUACUCUUGUGUAACCAGCUGCAUUCUACUUAAAGUUUGGAACUCAACUCAACUCCUGCCUACACUGACAUUAACCUCUUAACUAGUCUAAACUGGCUUCAUUCUAAACUAGAUUAUUAACUACAUUUAGUUGGCUUUAUUUUAGUUUGACCGUUAACCCUGUCUAACUGCUCUGAUCCUGUCUCAACUCUCCCCUCCACUCAACAGAGCUGCUUUCAACUCCUGUCUCUAUACCUCAUUCUCUGUGUGUGUGUGUGUGUAGGUACUGGUCCUGGUUGCAGAUUGCCUCUGUCCUUCCCGACAGAAGCGGAAAGAGGAGAGAGCAGGUGAGAGGAUGAUUCCACAGAACAAAGCAUGCAUGCACGCACACACAAACACAGUGUUGUCAGUGCUCUACAGUGUGUGUGUGUGUGUGUGUGUUUGUGUUUGUUUGUUUCGAGCAGGAGUGUGUGUGAGUAUGGCGGAGGAGAGGCAAGCGUCAGACGCAGAUGAGGUUGAGGGGUCUAACGAGGAGGAGGAGCCAGAGACACUGAGACAGAGGAGAGGACAGGCAACAUGCACCUCCUAACCAGGGGUUGGAACCUACAUUAUUUUCCAUUAGUUUUGUUCUGUACAGAACCAUUAUUUUUUAUGUUCCAUUCCACUGUUUUCCGACCAGCAAAAUAAAGUUCU